AAACCUGUGGCUUUGAUUAUUGUUUCAGUUAUACAUCUUUUUUUUUCUCUCCCCAGGGCCGAUUACUGGAAAUCUCAGCCAAAAAAAUUCUGCGAUUACUGCAAGUGCUGGAUAGCAGACAACAGACCUAGCAUUGAGUUUCAUGAAAGAGGAAAGAAUCAUAAAGAAAAUGUGGCAAAAAGAAUUAGUGAGAUUAAGAAGAAAAGCUUGGAAAAAGCAAAAGAAGAAGAAAACAUGUCAAAAGAAUUUGCAGCAAUGGAGGAGGCUGCAAUGAAAGCCUAUCAAGAGGAUUUGAAAAGGCUUGGAAUUAAGCCAGAUGAUGUAGGUCCCAGCUCGACACAAAGUAAAACACAGAGUAACCCAGUGGAAACUAAAGCAAAGAAAGAAAAGAAAGAGAAGAAGGAAAAGAAGGAAAAGAAAGAAAAGAAAAAAAAGACACCUCAGGACCCCUCAAUGCCACCAAAAAUUGAAACGAAGGAGUGGGUGCAAGGAUUUUCUCCUGAAGGCUAUACAUAUUACUACAACACAAGAACAGGAGAAUCACAGUGGGAGAAACCUAAAGGAUUCAAAGGCAACUCUCAGAACUCACAAACGGCAGCAGAGUGGGUAGAAGGUGUCUCUGAAGAUGGUCAUACCUAUUACUAUAACACACAAACAGGAGUAUCCACAUGGGAGAAACCGGAUGGUUUUGUUUCAUCUUCAAAUGAGAAGAGUCAACGUGACAAGCAUUCUGAAGAGCUUGCUGAAACAGAUUCCAAAGCGUCUGAAUCAGACUCAGAAGACAGUGAAAAUGAAGCACAGAGUUCAGAAACAAAUUUCAAGAGGAAAGGAGAUAAUAGUGAAGAAUCAGAGGAAGGGAAAAAAUCUCCCAAAACUAAAAAGUUAAGUCCUUAUGGGAAAUGGCGAGAAGUUAAGUCAGAAGAAACUGUUGAUAAAGAGAAGAGUACCUCAGCUUCCCAGGAAAGCUCUAGUGACGCACCUAACAAGACCAACCCUUAUGGAAAAUGGAAAGCAAUCAAAGAAGAGGGAGAAGAAGAAGAAGAAGAAGAAGAACCAUGUGAAAAAGUGGACCUGGAGCUUCCUAGUACAGAGAGUGACAAUCUACCGCCUCCAGUGCUAGAGAUUCCAGAAGAUGCAACAGUGAUAUUUAAGGAGAAGACAGUCACCUCCCUUGGAGACCUGACAGAAGGGGUGCCAACAUUUAAAAAGAGGAAAUUUGAAAAUGGAAAAUCUAGAAACCUAAGACAAAGACUAAGUGAUCAGUAAUACUUAAAAAUCAUUUUAGAUUCUGUUUAAGCUAGAUUGAAUCAAAAGUUUAAUAUUUUAAACAGGCUUUUAUAAAGAAAAUGUUGGAUAGGAAUUAAGGAUUUAUAGGUAUUAAAACAUACGUGAGUUGUAAUAUUUUUUUAUUUUAUUUUGAUGUGAUUGAUUUUGGAAUGGAAGUCUGUGUUAUAUUACUUAUGCAAUAUUGUAAAUACAUUUAUUUUUUAUUUUAACCAUGCAAUCUAAGUUCAGUUUGCUCUGUGUGUGCUGUAACAUUGCAUAAUGUUUUUUACUCCCUUUCUAAGUUUGGGAGAGUAUCGUAAUACUUAAUCUGGCAAAAAUAAUGCAGACCUUUUAUUUUUACGGAGGAACUGGAUCAAUGGCAUGUACUAGAGACUAAAAUCAUCCCCCAAGAUUGUUUAUGUGGAGUAGUUUCCCAACUAAUGAGUAAAAAUAUUGUGCUUACUAACCUUUGGCUAAUUGCUUGGAAAAGAGUAGGUGGUGAGACUGCCAACAUUUCAAACAGAUCAUUUGAAAGCUGUUUUUAGAGGAGUUAGUCACAUCAGUGCCACUCAUUCCAAAUGACAUUCUGAAAAAUUAUUUGUGUACAUGCAUGAUAAAUGUAUUAAACCUCUGCAGAAGAUUGAAACCUGAUUAUUCUUAACUUUUAAUAACAGCACCAGAGCCACCCCUGUUGGAGUAGAUAUUUCCAUGGUGUCUUUCUGUUGUAUUUUGCUUUACUGCUGUCUCUACUUUAAUUUUUCUGUCUUUUUACACAACAAAUUUCCCUUUUUUGGUCCUGUUUUCUUUUUGUCUUUUUCCGUGUAAAAAAGCAAUUGCCUGAUAUUUUAAUGAAAAAAUACUCCAAAGACCUGACCCUGCUACAGCAUACAGCACCCUUUUUGAGGUUGAUGGGUUUUGGCUGUUGAUAAGAGGAGUGUAUUGAAUAGUUGUUGUGUUUGCUAAGCUGAGCAAAGCUAAGUGUAUUGAAGCUUCAUCUUCUCAGUAUCAUAGGAAAGAAAACCGAUAGAUGGAUAAGUAGAGCUGAUGGCUCUACUGUCCAAGAUGGCUUGGAUAUUUUCUGAAGGAUUGUAGAUUUAAUUUCUUCACUUGGUAGGAUUGGUCUGCAUUUAACAUCAUCAAGAUUCAUUGGCUGUGUAAGAAUACAGCUAUGCUCAUUACUUCUCAAGGUAUCAGACAGUGGACCAUAAAGGUUCAAAUCAUGAAUCCAUUAAAAAAUAUGUCUCUGUUCCUAAAGCUCACAGUGUUUUGUUUGGGAGAGUAUCAGUCAGAAACAGAGGGUGCAGUUAAGACAGUUGUCAGACUCCAACUACAGCAAAAUAGAGUUGGUAACUGCUGAUCUUGAGCUUCAUUGAGAAAACAACUAUUAAUCUGUCAGAUCAGCGGAGAAUGGAGUGCAAAACAGGGAAUUUGGUUUAUCAUGUAUUAGAAAGGAAGCUGAAGUCCUUUUUUCUAUUCUAUGAUACUUUCUCUGUGUGUGGAAGAGAAUUAAGUAUUGUAUUUAAUCCCAUGUAUUUCUUUGGCUUCAUCAGGCAGGGUUGUUGUAUUUCUUCCGAUGUUUGUUUUGAGAAAUGUGAAAGUUUCCCACCAUAGCUAGCGAGCCCUGGAUUGUCAUUUAGAGAUGCAGGAUGCAUGCUGGAUGCUCUCAGUCAUAGAUGCAGGAAUGUACAACGUACUCCACAUGAAAGACCUCAUAGGCAAGGCUAGAACAGAAAUGUUGUUUCUGCCAAGGAGAGGUUGUUGGGUUUCUUAGAAAACAGAUUUUUCAAGUUUUGUUCUUAUUUGAACACUACUCCAGCAGCUAGGAGCCUGCUCUAACUUGAAGCCUCCAUGUGUUUGUGAUCAGUUUACAUUAAUUUCCUCUUAAUUUACACAAGUUGCCCUUCAGCUCAGUGGCUUUUCUUCCUCUUGAAUCCAUUGCAUCUUUUCUCUUGGGAAUCGCAUAGAGCAUCCUUGUGUGACAGGACUUUCAGUGCUCCACCAGCACUUCUCUUCAUCCAUUCCAGCCUGAGUUUGCCUAGAUAGUAUGUUGAAGGAAGAUUAAGGCCACGCAUGAUGCCACUAGUAGUUCCUUAACAUACUGGAAGUAACUCUUGAUACAUCCCUAAACCACAUUUGCCUUUCACAUGACUGCAUCACGCUGUCUGCCAUGGGUGCCCUGUGAUUGACCAGUACAACUAGCUCCUUCUACUCCUGUGCCAUUGGCCACUGCUGAGUUGAACAGCUGAUCAUGCUUUGAUUUCAAGUAAAAUUUUUUCUUCUUAAAAAUUUGUUUUGUACUGCUGUACUCAUCCUGCUUCUGUUACUCCAAGCCUAAAGUAUAAAAAUUUCUUUAUGAUCUCUGUAAAAUGAUUUUAUGGUUUGUUAGUACAGUUUUAUACAGUAGUAUAGUUUUUUUGUAGGCUCCACUUUUAAUAUCCUCUGAGGAUGAUAUCUUUCCUCUUUUAGUGAGGUUCCCAAAAUAUUAGCAUCUUUCCUUAAAAAUGUUUUGUCACAUUGAAGUGGACAUAGGCAGUGAUUUAAGAUACCUGUAACUAAAUUGCUCAAGCAGAUGUUUAAAAACUUCUGAAAAUAAGUGUUCAAAACUUGUUUCCCUGAGGAGCUGCUGUUAGUUGUAAUACGAACCAAAGCUUUUCAUCACGUACUGUGUUAAAUAGACAAACCAAAACAUUAUGACAAAAGAUGAAAUGUUUUCUUUGUUCACUGCUAGUAAAAUUGGUGUAACUACCAUACACUUGCUUUUGCUGAUGUGACUUCCAAAGCCUGCAUUUCACAAAGAAAUACAGCUCUUCGCUCCCCACUCUGAAAGUGAGUUUGAGGAGAGACCAGUCUUUGUCCUUAAGUGUAAAUUAUAGUAAGGGCCGGUUGAGUCAGAUUUGAUAUAUCCAAAGCCACUGUUUAAUUUUGCACUGUGCUGUCAUUCAAUUUCCUUAUUGUGUAUCUAAACCAAAUAUUUCCUCUUCUGUACAAAAACACUGUCUUAUGUGAGAUUUAAGGCAGAUGCUGCUUUUCCAGGACAUCUGUUCUGCACAGAUCUCUCUCCCUUCUGUGCUAUCUCCCUGCAGAAUCUUCUGCCUUUGGAAUUUGCCAUAGGAAUCCUCUAGGUAUUACCACAGUUAUGCUCCUCAUCUGCUAAUCUUUCCUUGGGCUGCACUGGCUUUUGACAAAGGAAUGUUCCUUUUCUGUUUCAGAGGAACAGUGUUUUCAGAAGAGUGUUGUUUUCUGACUAAUUCGUUUUCUGUCAUGCAGUGUAUUUUUUUUAUCUGCUUGCCUGCUUUUAAUUGCAAGUUCCUUGAGGGAGGACUGUACCCCUGGCUUUAUAGGCCAUUGUAGACAUUAUUAGCAAUAUGAGAAGGAGAGUCGGAGACAAAGUGGGAGUCAUUGCAAUUUCUGAUGGGGUUUUGAGCAAGUUGGUUCCCUGCUCUGUACUUUUCUUUCCUUGCCUCAUCUUUCACCUGUCUUGUCUGUUUAGAAAGACAGCUUUGCAGUACAGGAUGCUUAUCUUUGGGGUUUGUGUUUUUACAGUAGGACCUGCCUGAAGUUAGUGAUGCUUUUAGAGGCAAACAUAUUGCAUAUACUAAAAAAGAAAAUUAUUUUGUUGGGCAUUUUUUAUGCCAGAGGCUGUGCAGAGAUGUGCUCAAUUUGACCCAGGUUAUAGAAUAAGUCCUGUUCCUAUUUAGGCUAAGUCAAAGUUUAACCCUUCACCCAGGAAUUUAUAGAUUGAAAUCCAGACUUUCCCAGCAAGGGUAAGGUUUGCUUUUUUGUUUGACUCUUGUAGACAAGAUCUGUGCUGCAGCAUCAUCUGAUACCAAUAUUCAGAUUUAUAAGGGGGGACAGCUGGUCAUGGAAUGGAUCUAAGUUAAAUUCACUAAUCUGUGCAUGUAUAAAAACAUUUAUCUUUUUUCCCCCUGAAAAGGAUGUUAUGUCAGUGCAAACUUUGGCAUCUCAGAAAGGGAGUAAAAAACUUAUUUCAUGCUGCUUGGUUUCCUUGAUUUGCUUUUUGAGUUGUGCCUCCCCUUUCUAGUACAGUACUUUUCUUAUUAUUGCUGUCUUCCUCAAACUGUCUUAUUCCAGUAUUCCUAUAUAUGCAAAUCUACCUAUCACCGCUGUGCCGCAUUUCUAGCAUCCACCUUCACCUUAUCCCCUGUUCUACUGAGAUCUUCAGAAAGCUUCACGUUGUCUUAUGUAGGCCACAGUGUCUCCAGAUCGCAGCUUAUGCCCUGAAGAAGUACAACCUUACCUAUUUUCAGACAACAGGCAAGCUAUUUCAAGACUGACUACAUGGGCUCUUUUGAUUUCCUUGAUAAUUUGUUUUCCUGAGACAGAUUUCAUUCCAUUCCUCCUACAGGGUUUGAAGCCCUUAUAUCUUUUCACUUGUUGGCACAAAAGCUGUGUGUAUACCUUCUGCUGUGGCAAUCCUUUGGUUCUGUUUUGUCAGCCAUCUCUUCAGUCUCUUGUAUCUACCUCUUAAGUCCUCUUACCUUCUACCUGCUAAAUUAUUUAACUUAGAAAUCAUGUAAGCCAUUUGUGUGAUUAACAGAUUUAGCUUUGUGAAAUGUGUUGGGAUAUAGCUUGAAUAAGAGUUGCUGCACAAACCAGAAGUGUUGCACAUAAUAAUCUGAAAAAUGCUGAAUUUGCCAAGAUGAUUCCCAGAGAGUGUCAGCAAAUGCAGGUUUGAUUUUUACCUGUAAAAGUAGAAAUAGCCUAUGUUAAAAAACAUAUGACAGCAUUAUAGAAACACCACGGGCUGAAGACAGUGGAUUUCAAUGGCUUGCUUAACUGCAGAUACAGUGAGGAAAGUGGGCUGAUUGAAAAGUGCUUGUUUUAAGUUUGUAAGUAUUGUCUGCAAGGUUAAACAGCUGGUUUCUCUUUAACAGCUUCUCAGUUGCAAUCACAAAAUAUUGCAAGCUCUUGAAGUGGAGUUCAUAUGAAAAUACCAAAUAAAGCUUUCAUUUGAACAAUC